AUGGUGGCCGUCGACCCGAAAGCCCUUCCCUCCGCCGAAGCCGUGAAUCACCAGUUCACCGUGGUCAUCGACGGCGCCGAGACGACCAUCCACGAGGGCGUGCUCCGGUGCAACGGCGGCACGCUCACCGUUGUCAGCCCAGGCGUCCUCGAGGUCAGCAGGCUGCAGCACGUGGUCGUGCGCGGCGGCGGCGGCGGCGACGUGCGCUUCGCCCGGUGCAGCUUCGCGGCGGCAGAGGCCUGCGGCGCCGUGUCCUUCCACAGGUGCGACGCGGUGCGCGUCGACGGGGCCGGGGAAGUCGCCGUGCGGCGGUGCAAGUCCGCGGCCGUGGAGCGCGCGGGCACGGUGAGCAUCCGGAGGUGCAAGGGCGCCGCGCGCGUGCACGGCGCCGGGGAGCUGCGCCUCGGGCGGUGCCGGGAGGCGGACGUGGGCAACUGCUCCGACGUGGCGCUGGGGCGGUGUCGCGAGGCGCGCGCCGACUGGUGCGGCUCGCUCGGCGUCGCGCGGUGCCGGUCGGCGGACGUUAGCCGCUGCGGCGCCGUGCGCGUCGACCGGUGCGGCGACGCGAACGUGGCGAGCUGCGGGAGCGUGAUGGUGCGACGCGGCAAGGUGAACAUGGUGGAGGCGCAUCAGCCACUGCAGGGUUGGCAGGAGCAGCCCCUGUGUCAGAAAGCAGAGCCAGCCGACCCAGUGCCCAUGGAAAUCAUGAGCAAGUGA